CUCGGCAGAGAUCAAGACUUUGCUCACACUAUACUGGAUAGCUUUUGGCGCCGAGACAAAAGAUAUCAGGUACAGUGUGAACACCUAUCCAAUAUGUGACUCUCCACUUUAGAGAUCGGCGGGGCACACCUUCGCUUCGUCACAGAAAUCGACUCGAAAUCACCGUUCUCAUGCGUGAAUAGGAGCCCUCUAGCGUUUUUACCCUUUGUAAGGGAAUGCAAAGGUACAGCCUUGGAUUCUGGAUUCCAGAUCGUGGAUUCUGCAUUCUUUGUCAGUGGA